AUGGAAGAAAUUUACCCCAAUUCUAGCUAAAAUAUGGUACAUUUUUAAUCAUAUUAACAUAAAAAUGUUUCUCUAUCAUAUUAUCUAUCCCUCUAAGAGCGUCCCCUAUAACCUCUUUUCAAUAAAUCAUUAAUUGUGGAGCCUUUUUAUGGUGAAAAGACAAAAGAAAAUAAAACCUAAGUAACUUUAACUGAUUUUCAUUUUAUAAAAUGUGUCGGACUAGGUGGUUUUUCCCGCGUUUAUUUAGUUAAAAAAAAAGACGACGGUUAAAUGUUCGCACUUAAAUUAAUCGAGAAAAAAUUCAUUUAAGAAAAUAGGAAAGAAGUAAUUGUUUAAAAUGAAAGAAAUAUAAUGGUUUAAAUCUAAAAUUAUCCAUUUUUAUUAUAAGUAGAAUAUGCCUUUGAACAUAAAAAGUAUAUUGCUUUUGUUAUGGAAUAUUGUGCAGGAGGAGAGAUGUUUUAUCAUUUAAGAAAAAUAAAAAAAAUGAAUGAAGAUUAAGCUAGAUUUUAUUUUAUUUAAAUAUGUAUAGGUAUUUAAUUUUUACAUGAUUAAAAAGUUAUAUAUAGAGAUAUUAAACCUGAAAAUAUAUUGUUAGAUAUUGACGGCAAUAUAAGAAUAGGAGAUUUCGGAUUGUCUAAACCUAAUAUAAAUGAAAAUGAAUUUGCUUAUUCUUUUUGUGGAUCACCUGAAUAUAUGGCUCCGGAAAUGCUUUUAAAGGUAGGACAUACAUAUCCUGUUGAUCAUUAUACAUUAGGGGCUUUAUUAUAUGAAUUAAUUACUGGUAAAACCGCCUAUAAAUAUUGA